AUGUGCGCGGAUGUUACCCCAACGUCGUCGUCGUCGCCGUCGCCUUCGCCCUUUGCCUCGACCGGUCGCUCGUUCCUGUCGAGACUCACAUUGCCGCUGAAGUCUCGCACGCGCAACCUAGCAGACUUCCAUAUCCGCCCCGACGAGCCCUAUCGACAGUACUCGCCCGGAGAUUUGGUGAAGGGGGCCGUGGUCCUCACCGUAGUCAAGCCCAUACGAGUAACCCACCUCACCGUCUGCCUUCACGGAUUUGCACGGAUUUUCAAGCAUCCCAAUGGCGCGAACGAGCCGCUGCCCGUCGAUGUCGUCAACAGGGCGUCGACUGGUCGCAGAAGGGUGCAAUACUUUGGCGACGGAUACGUUUCACUCUUUCAGGACGAGGUUACGUUAUGUGGUGAAGGACGGCUCGAGUCUGGCAUCUACAAUUUCAACUUUGAGCUGGAAUUCCCCAGCAAAGGGCUGCCAACCAGUAUUGAUUUUGAACGAGGAACCAUCUCCUACAUGAUAACAUCAACCAUCACACGCCCAACAUCAAUGGCCGCCACGUCAAGUUGCGAUAAAAAGCUCUCCCUUGUUGAGACGGUGGACAUUGGACCCAUGACCCCACCAAAGCCUAGGACAAUAUCCCUUGAACCAAUAUCGAGACGGAUGAGGAGAAGGAGGACAGUCAAGAGCAAGGAGAGCAGCUCCCAGGACGCAUCUUCGGAACUUGGAUCCCGGACCGAAGCAAAACGGACAGCCGCGUCGCCUCACCCAGACGAGUCUGCAAGCCAGUGUGGGUCGACAGACCACAGCGUAAACCGUCGAAGCCCGGUGCCCAGUGAUAUCCUGAGUACGGUCAGUGCUGCCACUGGGACAGAAAGCACAACCAGUAGUAGUAGUGAGCCAAGCUUUGGGCUUGGUCCUGCGCCAUCGUCAGCCAAAUCGAAACGGGGUAGCCAAUGUGAUAGCAACAGUACUUUUGCAGACAAGACCAUAACCGCCACCAUCGAGCUUCUGAAGUCGGGAUGUCUACCUGGCGACAGUCUGCCUCUGAAGAUCUCUAUAAAGCAUACCAAGGCAAUCAAAAGCUUGCACGGUAUCAUCAUCACUCUUUACAGACAAGGCCGGAUCGACUCUGCACCGCCUCUGUCUCUGUUCGUGGAUAUCAAAGGCAAAGCCGCAGAGAAGAUGAAGCACGAUGAAUAUUACCCAAAAUCGAAGACAGGACUUGCAGGGUUAUCCCUCUCAUCUGCCGGGUCAAGCAGUCUAUUUCGAAAGGACCUUUCCCAAACGUUUGCGCCAAUUAUUGUUGAUCCUUCCACCCUGACGGCAGUAGUGAAUGCGUCUGUAAGGGUCCCUGAGGACGUGUUUCCGACCAUCUGUGGCGUUCCUGGUGAUAUGAUAAGUUUCAAGUAUCACGUGGAGGUCGUCGUUGAUCUCGGAGGCAAGUUGGCUGGCCAGCAACGGCACCUCCCACGAGUAGGCAUGGUUACCCACCCAUCGAAUUACGGAAAUGCGGGUGGAGGUAGAGGGGAUGUGCAGCCGAAUAUGCUAGCCACUUGGGGUGGAAGCAUCGUUGAUACAGAUCAAGUCCGACGAGAGAAGAGCGUUGUAGCCUGUCUCUUCGAAGUCAUCGUCGGGACAACUGAUAGUGCGCGCAAACGAGGGAGAGGCAGCCGCUCCGUCAGGAGAGAAAUCAAUGACUGGCCGGAAGAGGUACCGGUGACCCCUUCCACAAGAAACGAUCCAAUAUACGAGGAGCCCUCUAGGCCAAAUGAUGCCGAGGAUAAUGGAGUCGAGCAAUAUCCCCACCAAUACCACGAGCAAAGUUACGAAGACCGAUAUCCGAAUUACUACCCGAACGACGGCUAUAAUUAUCAGCAAAACUACGACUCUUCCAACGAUCUGUACCCCCCACCCUCUCAUACCCAGAUACCCGUCCCGCCACCUGAGCUCGAGGAAGAGGAAGGCCUCGACGAAAAAGAACGAGUUCGCCGCGCUGAAGAAAGGCUCCUCCCAAGCCAACCGCCUCCAGACCUCAACGACGUACCAUCCUCAUCCCGAACCAUAAUCCCCCCAUCCGUUCCCUCUAUACCAGACGAAGACGAUCUCUACAGCGCCUCGGACGCAAUGCCUCCUCCCGUCUCCUCCACCACCCAACCCCCACCCCCCAGCAGUCCAUUCCCCGACGCCCUCUCCCCCUUCGCCCCCGCCCUCGAAGAUCUCACUCCGCACGCCAGCUCUACCGAAGACAAACAAGAACUUGAACGUCGCCGCCUCCUGGCCGAAGCGAGCGCCCCGACCGACUUCCACGCCGACGAGGAGGAUGACAAUGCCGGGGAGGGCAGUUCUUCUGCAGUGCAGCUUGAACCCUCCGCCCCGAUCCUUACCGAGGAUGAGGAGGAGGGUGGAUAUGGAGCGAGCUAUUUCCAUCAUCCUCAUCAUCAUCAUACUAUGCCGGGUGAGGAGACUUUACCUAGGUAUGAGAGAUGA